AUGCUCACAGGAAUUCUGGGGCAGUGUCCCACCGGUGAGAUGGUGAAGAACCCUAGCGCAGGAUUUUACCGUUCCAAUACUAUAAAGCGCCCGCAUUCCUCAGACGUAUACUUGUAUACAAGCUUCAUUCUCACCUGUCAAGCUCACCCACUGAUGAUGGGCUUCACGCGUCGUAGUAGGCGCAGUAAAGAAAGUCCAACAGCCGGGCUAGCGACCCGUCAGCCAAGUGUAUCUUGCAGCCUCUGUAACGAUAUCGAGUCGCUUUUGGAUCGGUGGCUUCACACAGCCUGCUUGCAUCACAGCCAUAAGCUUGUAUCAUUGGAGACUGCGCCAUCAAGAGCUGCACCUGGUUUAAGCAAUACUGUCGCCUAUCGUUAG